AAUCAGCCCCGCCUCGCACUCGCAUGCGGGGCUCGGAAGCGUGCGCUCCUCUGUUGUGCUGAUGCGCCGUAAACGGAACGAAGCAGGGACAUAAAAAGUUUGAGCAACUAAACAAGCCACAAACACCGAGGAAAACUAUUUAAGUGUAUCUUCAUUUAACCUGCCCUGAAAGGAAAAUAACAUCAAAAUAGCAAUGUGCUUUAGCACUAUUAGGUUAAACCCAUCUGUUCUCUAGUAGGUCCUACUCACUUUUAAAGUUUUGGUUGAUUUUUAAAACACUGUACAAAUCUUUUUUUUGGAGCAGGAAUCACUUUUAUUUGCAAUUCUGGAAAACGGUUAUUUUUGUAAGAUGCUCGGGGCUGUCCAGAGUGCCAUUCUCUGCGCGCUGGUCUGUGCAUCCUCAGCGCGCGCCGCGUGUCCGGCUCCGUGCGAGUGCUCGGAAGCCGCGCAGACCGUGAAAUGCGUCUCCAAGGAUCUGCGCGAGAUCCCGGCCGGCAUCCCUGGCUACACCCGGAACCUGUUUAUCCUCGGGAACCAGAUAACUCGAAUUGGACCGGAGUCGUUUAAAGGACUCGAGAACGUAACCAAUCUGUCCCUUAGCAACAACAGGAUAGCGCAGCUGGAGUCCGGUGCGUUCGGGGGUCUGCACAGCCUGCGCAGUCUGGACCUGAGUGGGAACGAGCUGCGGGAGCUGCAGCCGGGGGCCCUGACGGUCCCGGCCCCCCUGCGGGACCUCAACCUCAGCCACGCGCUCCACAGCCGGUCGGCCCUGCCGGCCCUGGCCUGGGCCCUGCGCGGGGGCGUGUUCGGGGGCCUGGCGCAGCUCGACCUGUCGGCCAACGGGCUGGUGCUGCUGCCCUCGGCCAUGUUCCUGCCCCUGGGCGCUCUGCGGCGCCUCCUGCUGGCCAAUAACUCCCUGGUGGCGCUGCAGAACGGCAGCCUGCUGGGCCUGGAGCGGCUCGCCUGGCUCGACCUGUCCCUCAACGGCUUCAGAACCUUCCGGAAGGAGGCGCUGGGGGAGCUGGACCGGCUGGGGGGGGCGCGGCUGCUGCUGGGCGGGAACCCCUUGGCCUGCGUGUGCGGUGCCGAGGACUUUGCCGAUUGGCUGAACGGCUCGUACGCACGGGUUGCCGAUGGCGACCGGCUGGUCUGCGCCUCCCCGCCGGAGAUGCACAACACCACGCUGCGCACGCUGGGGGGGCGGGACCUGGGCUGCCACGGCGACGGGGCGGGGGAGGGGGCGGAGCUCGCGCUGCAGACCUCCUACGCCUUCCUGGGCGUGGUCUUGGGCCUGGUGGGCGUGGUCUUCCUGUGCGUGCUCUACCUCAACCGCACCGGCAUCAAGAAGUGGGUCACAGACCUGCGCGAGGCCUGCCGAGACGUGCUGGAGGGCUACCACUACCGCUACGAGAUCGACUCUGACCCCCGCCUGGGACCCCCGCCCUCCUCCGCACAUUUGUGACCCCCCCUCGCUCCAUCUCGCCUGCCAUCUCGACAUUUUUGUACAAAGAACUAAAACAAAAAACAUUGAACAGAUUUCUAUUUACACAGGACUGACUAGUUUGUAACAAUUUAUACACAAGUUCUGUGUAGCCAAGUGUGUACAUAUUAGCAGAAUUAUUGCAGCCCAUAAUGCAUGCAACUAUUUUGUGUGUCUGAAUGUUUGUGUGUGUGUGUGUGUGUGUGUGUGUGUGUGUGUGUGAGUGUGUGAGUGUGUGAGUGUGUGAGUGUGUGUGUGUGUGUGUGUGUGUGUAUGUGUGUGUAUGUGUGUGUGUGUGUGUGUGUGUGUGUGUGUGUGUGUGUGCACUGAAGGACUGUGGGCUCACAUGCCUCUCUAAUUGGCUGUCUCAUCACUAAGUGCCUUGGACUCUGGGCGUGGUUGAGCUGCAGGCCCCGCCCACACCUGUGUCAUGAGGACAGGGAGGAGCCUGCAUUGGUCCCUGAGCAGUCAGUCACUCCCAGGGGGUGGGGCUGAGAUCAGGCAGUGAGCAGUCAGUCAUUCCCAGGGGGUGGGGCUGAGAUCAGGCAGUGAGCAGAUUUGGGGAUGGAUCAGGACUGUGUUUGAUCAAUGGGUGAGUGGAUCACAUGAUUCACUCACAGGCAGAUAUUUUCUCCUGAUUGGCUCACAGGCAGGUAUUCUCUCCUGAUUGGCUCACAGGCAGGUAUUCUCUCCUGAUUGGCUCACAGGCAGGUAUUUUCUCCUGAUUGGCUCACAGGCAGGUAUUUUCUCCUGAUUGGCUCACAGGCAGGUAUUCUCUCCUGAUUGGCUCACAGGCAGUCUGUCUUUCCCAUUUUGUCAUGUUCCAAAAAUG